AUGCCCCACGAAAGAAAGGAUACCUAUUCACAGGCGCACCAGUCGGAGCACAAGUUGCAAUUUGUUGAGGUCUUCCUUUUGGUUAAGAGAAGAACGCCCUACGCAAAUAAUUGCUUCCCUGUAGAAACUCUGGUGCUCCAUUUUGAUGACGCUGUGAGCAACUACUACCUCGAACUCAAAACUCCAGCUCAGAUCAACAACGUGAUGAUGAUCUCCUGGUCCAACUACCAAAAUCAGGGUAACACAUUCAGACUUCUCCACAACAGCUACAAUGGCACUAGGAAUAUUUGUGAGAUCUCCUGUGUUGGUUUAGAAGACUCGCACUAG